AGUUCCUGUGUGUGCAUGUGUAAACGGCUGUGCUGUCGCUGCUCCACGCUACUUUUUAUUGCCAGGACGCUGAAUAGUAAUAAAUCCUCCUCUGCUAGGAAAGGCUGUGAUCAUAAUAAAGACGUCACCCUCCUGCUCGGGCUGGCUCAACGAAGCCAAGUGCGCAGCUAUUUGUAAGCUACAACAACAACAACCUCCAGCACCAUGCCCAUGGAUAACGUAGGGAUUUCUCUGAGAUCCCCUCGCCGUGCGGAGACGGUAUAUGCGUCAUAUCCAUAGCAAAGACAGCCUUUAAUUGCUCCGGAUCGCUCUACUAUAAAAAAACAGACAGGGACUUGAUCGCGUUGCUCCCGUCGCAACAAAUAGGACGCAAGACGUGGAUUUGAAGAGUCAUGGAGGAAACAGCUGCUGCAACCCCAGCCCCUGGCGCUAGUACUGCCCCACCAACACCAAGACCACAGCUUUCCUCCUUUGCGCCCUCCCAGAGCCUGCUAGAGUGGAGACGGAGGGUCAAGUCUGAGUAUAUGCGCCUUCGCCAAUUAAAACGCCUUAAAAAAGCAGAGAAGGUCAAGACCCUGUACAUGUCCAACAGGCAAAAGAUUGAGCAGCAGACAAAUGUCCUGAAUGCAGAGUGGUCCAGGCUCAGAAUUCAGUCCAUCCCUCUGUCAACUUCUAGUGGAGCUCUUGCCAGCAAGAAGAUGUGUACAGUGGAGUUUGGCUUCCCAGCAUUCAAAGCUCAAGCGAUUGCCAUGAGACCACUGUCAACAGUGGCAGGAAUCCCCUUCAUGUACUCCUGGUCGCCUCUGCAGCACAACUUCAUGGUGGAGGAUGAGACGUUCCUUCACAACAUUCCAUAUAUGGGCGACGAAGUGCUGGAACAGGACGAGGCCUUCCUGGAGGAACUCAUCGACAACUACGAUGGUGUCCAUGGUGACAGAGAAGGGGGGUUUAUCAGUGACGAGAUCUUUAAAGAGCUGGUGGAGGCCUUGAGCCAGUACUCUGACCACGAGGAGGAGGAAGAGGAGGAAGCAGCAGCGGCGGCGGCAGAGAUGACAGGAAAGAAGGAGGACGAGAGAGUGAUGAGGAGCAGCUCAGUGGAGGGUUCAGAAGAGAUCAAACCUGGUACUGUGGCAUUCAUCAGGAGGAAGAGGAGGAGCACUACUGAGGUGAGGGACUUGUCCAGCAGCAAGAAGGUCCCCAGCGAUAAGAUAUUUACAGCCAUCGCCUCAAUGUUCCCUUACAAGGGCACCAUGGAGGAGCUGAAGGAAAAGUACAAGGACCUCUUGGAGCCCCCCAGCCCGGUAAAGCUGCCCCCCCUCUGCACCCCCAACCUGGAUGGACCUUUUGCUAAGUCUGUGCAGCGGGAACAGUCGUUACACUCCUUCCACACACUCUUCUGUAGACGUUGCUUCAAAUACGACUGUUUCCUCCACCCUUUCCAUGCUACACCCAAUGUUUACAAGAGGAAGAGUAAGGAGAUCCGGAUGGAGACUGAACCAUGUGGUGUAGACUGCUUCCUGUUACAGAAAGGGGCUAAAGAGUUUGUGAAUCAGAAUAUGUUACGAUCACAGAGGUCUCGGAGGCGCCGAAGGCAGCAGCGUCCCACCAGCUCCAGUUGUCCUGGACCAUCUGGGUCUGCUGAGGAAGGCAAAGAGGGCGACAGUGACCAUGAAACCACCUCCUCCUCAGAGGGGAAUUCGCGGUGCCAGACUCCCACCAAGCUGCGUCCAGGGGAUGAUGACGGGGAGCAGCAAGCAUGCUGUGUGGUCCAGUGGAGCGGGGCCGAGGAGUCACUGUUCAGGGUGCUACACGGCACAUACUUCAACAACUUCUGCUCCAUCGCUCGCCUCAUCGGUACAAAGAACUGCAAGGAGGUGUACGAGUUUGCAGUGAAGGAGGCCCUUAUCCAUCGUGUUCCUUUGGUUGAUGGAGGCAUCUCGCCCCAAAAGAAAAAAAGGAAACACAGGUUAUGGGCAAAGAUUCAGCUAAAGAAAGAUAACUCAUCCAAUCAGGUGUUUAACUACCAGCCAUGUGAUCACCCCGAUCAUCCAUGCGACAGCUCCUGCCCAUGUGUGAUGACCCAGAAUUUCUGUGAGAAGUUCUGCCAGUGCCAGCACGAGUGCCCGAAUCGCUUCCCAGGCUGCAGGUGUAAGACACAUUGCAACACUAAACAGUGUCCCUGCUACCUAGCUGUGAGGGAGUGUGACCCAGAUCUUUGCAUGACCUGCGGCACUGCAGACCACUGGGACAGCAAAGGGGUCUCCUGCAAGAACUGCAGCAUCCAGAGAGGCCUAAAAAAGCACCUGCUUUUGGCUCCAUCAGAUGUUGCCGGAUGGGGCACCUUCAUUAAAGAGUCAGUUCAGAAGAAUGAGUUCAUCUCUGAAUACUGCGGAGAGCUGAUCUCCCAAGAUGAGGCAGACCGACGUGGAAGGAUCUAUGACAAAUACAUGUCUAGCUUCCUUUUCAACUUGAACAAUGUAGACUUCGUUGUGGAUGCCACGCGAAAGGGGAACAAAAUCCGCUUUGCAAAUCAUUCAGUUAAUCCCAACUGCUACGCAAAAGUGGUAAUGGUGAAUGGAGACCACCGUAUUGGAAUCUUUGCCAAACGAGCUAUCUUGAAAGGAGAAGAGCUCUUCUUUGACUACAGAUACAGCCAAGCCGAUGCCCUCAAAUAUGUGGGGAUAGAGAGGGAGGUAGACUGUACUUAGCUGCACCUGCUGCCUAUCUCCAUAACCUGUCCCUAACUCCUCAGCCACCCACUAAUGCUUCUAUCCCUUCCUGCAGCGUCACAUCUAGCUGAUGUGUUUCUAUGAACAGUCGCUGUCUCUGCCGUUUCUGCAGCACUUCCAAAAAUAGAAAGUCCCUCCCUACUGUUUGCAGGUACUCCUGCUCUGCAGACACCGUACGACCUUCUUCAGUGACAGCCAUCAGCUCUCCUCUCAUCUACCCAAACCCACCCACCUACCUGCAAGACUGUAUACCCCAAGCUUAUGAAACUAAACUAUUUAAAGAGGAAAUGCUAUUAAUCUGUAUCGCUUACUGCACCAGGAUCACAUGGUUGUUUUUUUGUUCCAUCUUGUCAGCAAAGAGGCCGUGAUUAUCCAUCAUACAGUGUGUUACUUGCUCAGCAGUUUUUGUUACUGUUCUUAUAGGCUUUUGUUUGACCUCUCAAUAUGUAAUGCAAGUUAUUACAUAGUACCUAAUGAUGAUCAGUGAAAUGCAUGUGCUGUCUCUUGGUUAAACAAACCAUUAAACAUGUUAGGCCACAGCAUUAGCUUCAGUCAGAUGCUGCUUUGUGCAGUCACUUAGUAUUGUAGUGUCAUGUUACCCACUGUAUGUUCUUCAGAAGAACUUUUGAAGAACAGGCAGGUGUGACAGCUUACAGGUAUGACAGAUAUGUUCUUCUAUGAACCUUUUCAGCGGCUAGUAUCACCACCACAUCUUUAUGGUGAAAUAAGUUAUUGUGCAUUUAUAUCGUUGUUCUGCAAAAAUAGGCAACCAGACAAGAAACCGACUGACUGAAUGUAACCUGUAGAUGAUGGUGAAGAGAUCUCAUCCCUCAUUUCAUUUUACACAUUUACUCAUUCUAUUGGUACUCUGAGCAACGUGCACAUCAAACAUUUAUCAUCAUGUUUACAUGAUCUUGAGGCCUUCACACUUUGUGAGGGAAAUCAUUACUAAAUUAACUAGUCACACAGUAAAUGUCUUCCUUCAUAUAAUCAUACAAGUGCCAAGUGAUUCCACACUGAAAAAGGCUGAAACAGUGUGGAUGUGUUGCGUAAUUAACAGAGGUGUGUUUAAGGUAAACUUUGCACGGUUAUGACCAUGGGUAAAGCAAAAUUUUCAGUGUUUGACCAAAUAUUAAAGUCCCCCACAUGUGAAUGUAAAAUAUCAUAUAUCAUCUUUUCUUUAUUUUUUUAUAUGUCCAGAUUUGUUAUUCACUCUGUUUUUCAUUUAUUAAAUAUUAAAGCCCACUUUGAAAUGAGAUCUUUCUCAAUGGAGAUGAACAAAAUGGAAUUUACUGCUAUGUACAGUGUAUGCCUAUAAAAAUAAAAGUUUAACUUUAUACAUUAAAA